AACGAAAAGGGGGCGGUGGGGGAAGAGAGGGUGCGGUAAGUUUCGUGUGUGUGCGCGCCCUGGCGGGGGCAGAGCCGCCACCGGCGCUCGGCGUUGCCUCAGCGGCUGCCGAGCCCCGCCCCGCGGGGGCUCCACUCGCCCCCGGCCAUGGAGAACGGCGGCGGCGGGAGGGGCCCGGCGGGGCAGGAGGAGCUGCCGUUCCAGCAGCCGCUGCCUCUCGGAGAAGCCGCGGAAAAGGAGGAGGAGCUGUUGCUGUGGCCGCCGCCGCCCGAGGCCGAGACGGACUGGAGCUUCGUUGACGGCGAGAUGGAGGCGGUGGCACUGCGGGACCUGCCCACCGCCACGAUCGCCUGCAACCUAGACCCGCGCGUCUUCCAGGACGGCCCGUGCCGGACCAAAUUUGAAUCACUGUUUAGAACAUACGACAGAGAUAUCACCUUUCAGUAUUUUAAGAGCUUCAAAAGAGUACGAAUAAAUUUCAGUAACCCUUUAUCUGCAGCAGAUGCCAGAAUCCAGUUGCACAAGACAGAGUUCCUCGGAAAGGAAAUAAAAUUGUAUUUUGCUCAGACUUUGCACAUUGGAAGCUCACAUUUGGCGCCACCAAAUCCAGACAAACAGUUUUUGAUUUCACCUCCUGCGUCUCCACCUGUUGACUGGAAGCAAGUAGAAGAUGCUACUCCAGUCAUUAACUACGACCUUUUAUAUGCUAUCUCCAAGUUAGGACCAGGAGAAAAGUAUGAGCUACAUGCUGCAACUGACACUACUCCGAGUGUUGUCGUCCACGUAUGUGAGAGUGACCAGGAAAACGAUGUGGAAGAAGAAACGAAGAAACCCAAACCAAAAAUUAUUCAGACCAGAAGGCCAGAUUAUACUCCCGCCCAUUUAAGUUGAACUGCUGUUGUUUUUCCAAGGGUUACAAGUAGACAUGUGCAAGGGAAACAUUUACUGUGGAAACAGCAGGUCUUAGGUUUGGUGGCAACGGCAGCAGUUACAGUAGGAGAAAUUCCAAAAUAAAUUUGCUCAGAAAAAAAAAAAAGAUAGGAAGUUUCAUCCUUAUUUUUGAUGCUGCAGAUUGAUGGAUGUCAUGAGUGUAUUCCCAGAUCACUGAGAAGGAAAAAUAGACAGAAGACAACAGUUUGAGACAUACCAGGACAAACUAGGUUUGUUUUUUGAGGGGUACCAUAGGGCUGUUCCGUUAUAAAGCAGCCGGGGGAAGCUUUCUUUGUUCCGACUCACGUUAAUCCUCAAACUAAUCGGCUACUCAUUGUGUGGAGUAUGUAGCGAUAACACAGGUGGUUUUUAAGGAUUAAACUAUGGGAAUUGUAAACCUUUUUCUUACAAUAGAUUUUGUGCAUGUGUAUUCUCGGUCUUCUAAAGUAACUUUGCAUUAUUUUCUAUAGUUUCUCACAUGUUUCUGGAAAUCUGGGAAAUUGUUUAAAGUAUUUAUUAUCUCAGCAUCCUGGACUUGCUACUAGAUGUGUAUAUACAUAUAUUUAUAUUUGUUUUUAUUGGCACUCAUUUUCCAACAGGCAUACAAUUUCUUCAGCACCUUAUUUUGGUGCUAUGUAACUCGUGCUUUUAACAUUUUAACUUCUUUAAUGCCUAUAUAGGGUUUUAUCUGGCAAAGUAAUGGAAAAAUGUGCAAUAGGAAAGUUGUUUAAAUAAGUUGAUUUUAAAUUAUUUAAGUUUAAAUAAUUUAUAUCUUCAGUAACGUUUAUUUGGUAGCUUUGACUUUCUCAAUUGGAAAAAAAGUAUUCUUAAAUGUAUAAAUAAAGCUAAUGUUGCAUAUUCACAGCAAUGAAAUCUUUCAGUGAAAAGGAUGGCAAUGGAGAGACAUGAACUGUACUUGGUCUGUGCAUCUGCAUUGUUGCAAGCAAAAGUUUGAGUGAUUGAAAAAUUGCACACAGUGUGUAGAACAGUGAAGAGAGAUGGAGUGCCUUUUCCUUGUUCAUUCCUGAUGUGAACUGUUCUACAAGCUGCACACUUGUAUCUUUUUCUAUUGGCUUUGUAUGUCCAUAAAUAUAAACUUUCUUAGCUUUGCUUCCAACAUAAGCUGGUAUUUAGAAAUGCUUAAUGCCAAGUAACGAUGCAUACUUAAGUAAUGGGUAUAUGUGGGAGAAGGUUUAGGGCUUUUUUUGUCCUAGGGUUGAAAGACAGUAGCUCAUGGCAUGAAAGUUUAGUGGAAGAUGGCAGGAGUGUAUUUUGUUACUUGUUUUUUAAAAUGGAGAUCCUCACUUCAAAAUAGGUUUCAGUAUUUUUUUAAGAGAUGGUAAUGGAUAACUGUGGGGAAAAUAGCACUUACAGUUUUAGAAAGGAGAUAUUUCAAGCCUCUCAACAUGUUUUUAGAAAUCAAAGCAUAAUUCUCUCUCUUGGUUUGCUUUUGCCACAGUUGGUCUGGGAAUGAAUUAUUUAGCUGAAGUUAAUAUACAGUAAUCCAUUCUGUGCCAUUUGAAGCAAACAUUAACUUAAAUGCCCGAAUUCACACCCUGUUUUUUAAAUAAAUAAUAUAUCCUAAAAAACCCAAGAUGUACAAUGAAGCCAUUCCAAGCAGUGGUGCAGUGUAAACGUGGUAUUAUUGAAGGCCUGUCAUUAUACAGAACAAAGUAGAAAUUGAUAUCCUGUGACCACAGAGAGCAGGAAUAUAUUGAACUUGAGUUAAUGCCUACAGUAAUGAUCCUGUUUGAUUGGAAUGCCCUGUAAACUGAAACAAGCACUGACACUUGUGUCUUCGGACCUUACUCAAGUGGCACUCUCUCCAUGUUGACAGUGUUAGGAAGAGCUGAUGCCAUCGUGGACAUGAGAGGGCACCAGGUUAUUUUGUGUUACUGAGGUGCGACAAUGAGCUGGAUAUGUGUACUGCCGAUUAACAUACAAAAUAAGUGUAAUUGAGAGAAACUUUGUAGGUUUGCUACAACUUCCAUUAAGCCUUUCCAAGAUUCUUCCAUGUUUCUCAGAUCAUUGUGAAUAUAGUAUUUCACUCAAUUUAAAAUAGUUGGAAUAAUUCCUGUUCUGUCCUGUUUCCAUCUUUCCACAACUACCAAUCAAAGCAUUAGUUUUGGAUUGGAAACACAGGUAGUUGCUGUUGCGUUUCUAAGCAAUCCUAAGAAAGCUGUCAGUUAACAAAAAUAAGAUGGUAAAUACCAAUGUGUUUUUAUCAUUUUAGUACACUGACAUCUGCCUAAUAAGGUGGGCACUAGAAGCCAUGGAAGACUUGGGUUGGUUACAUUGAGUUUCCACUUUUGACGGUAACCUUAAGCGAAGGCUGCGAGACAGUAAUUUGCCUGUCUUUAUGACUGUAUAGCCUCACUCGUGCCACCUUCUGUUAUUACUACAGUGUGCUGCUUUUGCUCUUUCUGUUGGUUUGUUUUUUGUUUAUUUUGUUCUGUAAAUGUUCAAAUGAAUGCUUAGUUGGUAUUUUAUACGGUUGUAUAGUAUGGGGCCUAUUUAAAUUAAAAUAUUUUGUGGUUUUCUUGUAA